AUGAGGCAACCACACCGAGUGACGCUAUCCCAUGAUGUUAUCCGCCGGUCCGAGAAUAGACGCGCGUCGCACGUCUCUGUUUACCACUUCUUAUCGCCAGCGGGAGGAUUCUGGCCGAGUGAUUCACUGUCCGAGAAGCGAGCGGAGAUCCGUGUUGCCAAGCCGCUGGCAGCUGACCGCUCGGAGUGUUUGCCGAGCGGCAUUUUUUUCGCGUUGCAUAAGCGCGAAGUUGUU